UCUUCAUCACAGUUUUAAUUAAUAAGAGCAAUGGCUACCACAGUCCAGGAGAAUCGACCCCUCGCUAGAACUGUCCGCAAGAUCAGAUGUGCUGCCAUGGUUGGUGGCCUGGCUCAGAGCUGGCAAAGCUGGGCCAAUGAGCAUUCCAUGAAACAGGUAGCUGUCCCCACUGGUUGGGUCCCUGAUUCCAUCAUGCACGAUGAGCUGAAUAUACAGAAAGCAAGCUCUGAGGUACUGCUCCCUGCCACAGCUCUGGUCACCGAAACAGGAGGCGAUGGACGUUGCAAGAUCAAAACAAGCUCGGUGACCAAGAUGAUCACACCUAAACGGAACAAUUGUGGUAAUGACCUGGUGAGCUUAAUCAAACAGAAGAUAGACUCCAAGCAGAUGGCAUCUGAGGCCGAGAAGCCAUUCUUGCGGAAUGAGUCACCAACCAGAAGACGUCAUUGCAUCUCCAAGGCCAGCACUAUAGGGAAGGCAUGGAGUCAGAUGGACAAAGAGGAGCGCAAGAUGGGCUCCCGCAGCAGUAGUGUGGACACAGAAGACAGCGGCCUGGGUGAGGAGGUCGGACUCAGUGACAACAGUGACUACAAGGGCGAUCAUAAGGAUGUGCCAGAGAGGAAACACAAGAGCCGCCCAAAGAUUAAAGUGGCCACAAUGGCGGACCUGAAAAACAAAUGGCGGCAGUGGUCGGAGCAGCACAUCGAGGGCCAGAAGCUGAACCCCUUCAGCGAGGAGUUUGACUACGAGCACGCCAUGGCAUCCAGGCUGCAGAAGGGCGAUGAGGGCUACGGACGGCCCAAGGAGGGCUCUAAAACAGCAGAGCGUGCCCAGAGAGCCCAGAAGCAUAUCCGCAGGGAGAUGGAGGAGAUGUGCUACAUCAUCCGGGACAUGGGCGCCAAGGGCAAAGACGGCAAGAUCCGCAUCACCUUCGGCAGACUCUUCGACCGCUACGUCAACAUCUCCGACAAGGUGGUGGGCAUCCUCCUCCGCUGCCGCAAGCAUGGCAUGGUUGCCUUUGAGGGGGAGAUGCUGUGGCAGGGCCGUGAUGACCACGUCAUCAUCACGCUGCUGGAGUGACACUGGUGCGCACCUUCGUGGCCCACAGACCACACACAGGACCCUCUGGUCAGAACACACUGCCAGGCUGUUUAUGAUCCAGUCACUGUGUGUUUGUAGCCCCUAAUCUGGGGACUGAAAACCUUUUUAAA